CCAAAUUGAAAUAUAAAUAUAAACAUGGGAAUUACGACUUCCUUCAGAUCUAGAUAUUACGAGUACUCCCUAGAUAAUAACGGCCACAUUUGAGACCAAGAUAGUGACGAUUCCGAAGCAAGCUACAGCUAUGACCAAAGCCCUGCUUACGGUGAAGAGUUCGAUCAUGUGGAUGCACAAAAGAUUAUGGAAGGGAAGGAGCAUAAGCUUCAGGUGGACGAAGUGGAAUUUGAGAGUACAGCGCAUUCUGGAGGGGUGGUGGAGGAGAGCAAGGGUGGAGGAAUAGAGAAUGAUGGGAGACAUAAACUGAUGAGUAGAGAGGAAGAAGAUCAAAGAGAGUUGUAUUUUUGCAAUUGCCUCAAGUUUGUUGGGGUGUUUUGGAUCCCGGAGUGGUGGAAAGGAUCGUUUAGAUUGGAGAAAUUGAUUGGAUUGUUCAAUUUUAAACAGCUUGAUUCUAUUGGAGCCUAUGUUAAUGCAUUUAAGGUAGACAAUAUAUAAACUUUAGAUGCUUUCUGAGAUUUUCUUGGAUGGGUACAAUCCUCAUA